GCCAGGGCAGUGCCAGACGUGGCCGGAAAGCAGUGGAGCGGAGCUCAAACCUGAGAGUGUUUGGAAAUUGGAAGACUUGGUGGCGAACGAAAGUCAGAAACCGGAGUCGGCCUCGGAGAGUAGGCGACGUGGCCGGGAUGUGGGAUCGGAGGCUGGUCAGACUGGCCUUGCUGCAGCAGCUUCGGACUGUCUAUGGCAUUAAGGUCAAGUGUGGCCGCGGACAGUGCGAACGCAGGAGACGAGAGACGCCAGCCUCGGAAGUACGGGGUAAAAUAUUUGGAGUCCCUUUUAAUGCAUUGCCCCAUUCUGUUGUACCCGAAUAUGGACAUAUACCAAGCUUUCUUGUUGAUGCUUGCGUGUCUUUGGAAGAGCAUAUUCAUACAGAAGGGCUUUUCAGGAAAUCAGGGUCUGUCAUUCGCCUAAAGGCACUAAAGAGGAAACUGGAUCAUGGCGAAGGUUGCCUGUCUUCUGCACUUCCUUGUGAUAUUGCAGGACUUCUUAAGCAGUUCUUUAGAGAACUGCCGGAGCCUAUUCUCCCAGCAGAUUUGCAUGAAGCACUUUUCAAAGCUCAACAGUUGGGAACAGAGGAGAAAAGUAAAGCUACAUUGUUACUCUCCUGUCUCAUGGCAGAUCAUACAGUUGAUAUAUUAAGAUACUUCUUUAACUUUCUUAGGAGUGUUUCUCUUAGGGCAAGUGAGAAUAAGAUGGACAGCAGCAAUCUUGCGGUCAUAUUUGCACCAAAUCUUCUUCAGACAAGUGAAGGACAUGAGAAGAUGUCUGCUAACACAGAGAAAAAGCUGCGAUUACAGGCAGCAGUAGUACAGACUCUUAUUGAUUGUGCGUCGGAUAUUGGGCAUGUGCCAGAUUUUAUCCUGGAAAAGAUACCAGCUAUGUUAGGUAUUGAUGGUCUCUGUGCUACUCCAUCACUGGAAGGCUUGGAAGACGGUGACUAUGAAACCCCUGGUGAAUGUAAGAGAAAGCGAAGACAAAGUGUUGGAGAUUUUGUUAAUGGAGCCCUAAAUAAACUUAAAUCUAGCAGAACACCAUCUCUUACACCUCAGCAGGAUAAAACUGCCCAGGCGUCUACAUCACCAGUGAUUCUUACUCCAAGUGCGAAGCGUAAAUUGCCAGUAGAUUCUUCUCAUGCUUUCUCAAGUAAGAAGAGGAAGUCUAUCAAACAGAAUUUGAACUUUGAGCUGUUGCCAAGUCAUCUCUUCAGCAGCAGUUCUACACCAGUAUCAGUUCACUGUGAUACAAGCCCAGAAGGGUCAUCUCAGAGUCCACUCUCUCCUGUAGUUAACAGUGGCAACCAUUUGAUGAGCACAGAGCUACGACGAAGUAAAAGGAUUGCCAGCAAAAAGGUUUACAGGGUAGAAUCUGGAAAAGCAGGCUGCUUCUCCCCUAAAGUCAGUCGUAAAGAAAAGGUCCGAAGAUCUCUUCGUCUGAAAUUUAGUCUGGGGAAAAAUAGAGAUUCAAAUGGAUGUUCUGGCAUCAAUAGAUAUGAACAUGUUGGUCGGCGACUAGCAAAUCAACAAAGUUUUAAAGCUAGGAUUGAAUCUGUAAAAACAGGCCUGCAUUUUAGCCCAGAUAUUGAUGAAAGAUUAUCAAAGAAAGGUUCAGAAAAGAUGAGCAAGUCUGAGGAAAACUUAACUCCAGAUCGACUAGAUGGAGGAGGUUAUGGGAUGUCCUGGACAGAACACAGUAAUUCAAGUUUUCAAGAUAUGGAUGCAAAUGAAACUUCUUCAGUAAUGAAAAAUCUUGAGGUGGAAAACUUUUCUUUGGAGCCGGCUGUCACUGUUGAGAAGUUGCCAGUUGUGUCGUGUGAUUUCAGCCCCUCUACUUUGCACAACCAACCUAACAGCAGUGUCCUAGGAAGUUCCCUUAGUGGUGAUGAAAGUAACAUGACCUCUCAGACCUUGGUAAAGAUUCAGAAAGCAUUUUCUGAGUCUGGGAGUGAUCUUCACACAUUGAUAAAUCAUAGGCAGACAUCAAUAACCAGUAAGGGGGAAGAAAGUGAAGCAUCUUAUGUAAAAUAUAGCCCAGAGAAAAGUCUGUUUGAAGGUAAUGAUUUGAUUAUGAGAAAAUCAAAGGAAAAUGAUGAAAACUACACUGGUAAAGAUGAAUGUGUUUUAGAAAGAGACUUCUCACCACAUCAAAGUCCAAAAUUUGGUAGAGAAGUAACUAUAGAAUGUUACUCAACUCAAAUGAAGGUGGACUUUGAAAAAGACAUCCACUCAGAUACACUAAGUGAUGAUUUAAGCCAGCAAGAAUUCCCCAGUGAUGAACAGUCGAAAGAACAACAGUCCCCAGGGGAUAAACUAAAUACUCAGUCAAAGGAGAAUGAGAAUGUGAUGGAAGAGAACUCAGUGGCAUGCGAAGGUUCUGGGGAAGGUGAGGCUAAAUCCUCGUAUCUACAGCAAACUGCAUGCCCUGUAACAGUCCUUUCAAAGCCUAGACCUGCGAGACUUGUUACACAACUGUCACUGGUGGAGAAAUGUGAUGAAUCAGGUCCUGGAAGUUUUCAGCUGACAGAGCAUGGGAAGGUUUCAGAUCACAUACAGUGGUUUAAUAAGCUUUCUCUAAAUGAACCAAACAGAACAAAAGUGAAGUCGCCUCUUAAGUUUCAGCGUACUCCUGUCCGUCAGUCUGUCAGAAGAAUAAAUUCCUUGUUGGAGUACGGCAGACAACCUGUGAGACAGAAGUUGGCAAUCUUUGAUGAUGCUGCUUCUCCCCUGGUUAAGUCGGUGAGCUGUGACAGUGCUCUUCCCUCUUGUGUAGAAAAUACAUUAAAAAACUCUGUUUCAUUUACUAAAUCAGGUCCUAAAGAACAGAUGUCUACAUCAUGUGAUAAGUCAAAUGAUGCAGUUUCAAAACCAAGCAUAGAGUUAGCUUCUAAGUCUUUCUCAAAAAUGAAGAGAUACCCAGAUCCUGUGCAUGCUUCUCUUGGAUCUAGUAGACUUUGUAAAGAGGAGAGCAAAUCUGAUGGCCAAGUUAAGGUUCCCUUGGAUGAUCUGACUAAUCAUGAUAUAUUAAAAUGUGUUGUAAAUAACAAUGUAGGCUUUUCUCCUGGCAUAAAAAGUAGAGUCCUAAGGAAACCUUCAGAAAAAGAAAGGGUCUGGUACAAAGGGUCUCCCAAAAAUCCUAUUGGAAAGACUCAACUACUACCAACAAGUAAACCUGUAGACUUGUAACUGAUGUGUAGACUGUCAUUAAUGUAAAUAACAUUAGCACUUGAUGAAGCGACUUGCAGGUCUAUGUGUAGAUCUAUCUGCAGCUCAGGAUGCUUGUCAAGCAGUAACUUUUCUCUGAAGCAGUUUCACUGCAGGGGCAGCUUGAAUUUUCAUACUUGUACAUAUGACUGUUUAGUUUCUCUUCAUUGCUACAGCAUAUAAACUUUUGUGAUAUGCUUAAAGCGUAUGUUAGACCUUACCGUUUUAAAGACAUUGUUGGUUAAAUUUAUCAAAAAAAUAAUUUUGAAAAUUACGUGAUUGUUUUGUGUGCAUGAUAAGAAGAGGACAGGAAGUUGUACCUACCUGUUUCUUGUUGCUCUGCCAAGUCAGAUUUUCUAUUGCAGAUCUGUACUAUGUAAGCCCCACAAAUCUUUUGUCUUGAAUUAUAUUCAUGUUUGUUGUCUUUACCAAAAUCCUGGAAGUUAAUUUGCCCCAAUGGUAUCCUAAUACUUCUGUUUGGGACAGGGACAUUUGGUUAGUAUCUCUUGUAGAUGUACACUGAUUUCAUGUGCUUCUGAACAGUGUUUAAGCACACUGAUGACUAAAGUGUGCUUGUAUAUUAUAAUGGAGAAGUAAUUGAUUAUUUUUAAGCCAUACUGUUUUUAAAGGUAAUUUGCACAAAUACAUUUUGAUCUAUUUUGUCCAAUAUGGAAAUGAAACUUUUAGGGAGGAAUAAUUAAACUUGGAAAUUUUAAUCAAAGUGGUUUCAUUCUAUGAAGAUGUUUGAUUUUGAAUUGCUAAUGUACCUCUAUACAAUUUACUUAGAUUUAAAAAAAAAAUCUGAUAGUUUUAUCAUGUGCUUAAAUGUUAUUUAUUUAGCAUAGGCAUUAAAAAUAACAUCUGGAAAAUGACUUGCCUGAGACUAAUGAAAUUCGAAGUAUCAUGUUUUAGAGGCAGAGCCAUGUACACACGCAGAGCAACUGUACCUACACCAUAUGUUUGUGUAUAAGGAAUUCCAAGUCAUCUUGUCUGCUUGGCCGGGUUUUAAAGACAUUACAUCUAUUUUAUGUCAAAGUUAUUUCCUAUUUUCUAUGUUCAUUACCUGA